AUGCUCAUAGAGGAUGUGGAUGCCCUUAAGUCCUGGCUGGCCAAGUUACUGGAGCCGAUAUGUGAUGCUGACCCUUCAGCCUUAGCCAACUAUGUUGUAGCACUGGUCAAGAAGGACAAACCUGAGAAAGAAUUGAAAGCCUUUUGUGCCGAUCAACUUGACGUAUUUUUACAAAAAGAAACUUCAGGUUUUGUGGAUAAGCUAUUUGAAAGUCUCUAUACUAAGAACUACCUUCCUCCUUUGGAACCAGUUAAGCCUGAGCCAAAACCACCAGUCCAAGAAAAAGAAGAAAUUAAAGAAGAGGUAUUUCAGGAGCCAGCAGAGGAAGAACGAGAUGGCAGAAAAAAGAAAUACCCUAGUCCCCAGAAGACUCGUUCAGAAUCUAGUGAACGAAGGACACGAGAGAAGAAAAGAGAAGAUGGCAAGUGGAGAGACUACGACCGGUACUAUGAGCGGAAUGAACUGUACCGUGAGAAGUAUGACUGGAGAAGAGGCAGGAGUAAGAGCCGGAGUAAGAGCCGAGGCCUGAGUCGAAGUCGGAGUCGAAGCCGGGGGCGCAGCAAAGACCGGGAUCCAAAUAGGAGUGUUGAACAUAGGGAAAGAUCAAAGUUUAAGAGUGAAAGGAAUGACUUGGAGAGCUCCUAUGUGCCUGUGUCUGCACCAGCUCCGAACUCUUCUGAGCAGUAUUCCUCGGGGGCACAGUCUAUUCCCAGCACUGUUACUGUGAUUGCACCUGCACACCACUCUGAAAACACAACGGAGAGUUGGUCUAAUUACUAUAAUAAUCAUAACUCUUCCAAUUCUUUUGGUCGAAACCCACCACCAAAGAGGCGAUGCAGAGAUUAUGAUGAAAGAGGAUUUUGUGUACUUGGUGACCUUUGUCAAUUUGACCAUGGAAAUGAUCCCCUGGUUGUUGAUGAAGUUGCUCUGCCAAGCAUGAUUCCUUUCCCUCCACCUCCUCCUGGGCUUCCUCCUCCACCACCUCCUGGAAUGUUAAUGCCUCCAAUGCCAGGCCCUGGCCCAGGCCCUGGUCCAGGCCCAGGCCCAGGCCCAGGCCCUGGCCACAGCAUGAGACUUCCUGUUCCCCAAGGACAUGGCCAGCCUCCACCUUCUGUUGUGCUUCCCAUACCAAGACCACCCAUAACACAAUCAAGCUUGAUCAACAGCCGAGACCAGCCUGGGACAAGUGCAGUGCCCAAUCUUGCACCAGUGGGAGCAAGACUACCUCCUCCUUUACCCCAGAACCUCCUUUAUACAGUGUCAGAACAUACCUAUGAACCUGAUGGUUAUAAUCCAGAAGCUCCUAGUAUUACCAGUUCUGGUAGAUCUCAAUAUAGACAGUUUUUUUCAAGAACACAGACACAGCGCCCAAACCUGAUUGGCCUAACAUCUGGAGAUAUGGAUGCAAAUCCAAGAGCUGCUAACAUCGUCAUCCAGACUGAACCACCGGUUCCUGUUUCAAUUAAUAGUAACAUAACCCGAGUAGUUCUUGAACCUGAUAGCCGGAAAAGAGCUAUGAGUGGUUUGGAAGGGCCACUUACAAAGAAACCUUGGUUGGGAAAACAAGGGAAUAACAAUCAGAGUAAACCAGGAUUCUUGAGAAAGAAUCAGUAUACAAACACCAAAUUAGAAGUCAAGAAAAUCCCUCAGGAAUUGAACAACAUUACCAAGCUCAAUGAACACUUCAGCAAAUUUGGAACUAUUGUUAAUAUCCAGGUUGCUUUUAAGGGAGAUCCAGAAGCAGCCCUCAUUCAAUAUCUUACUAAUGAAGAGGCCAGAAAAGCCAUUUCUAGCACUGAAGCAGUUCUAAACAACCGGUUCAUUCGAGUCCUGUGGCACAGGGAAAAUAAUGAGCAACCAGCACUACAGUCUCCAACGCAGCUGCUCCUGCAGCAGCAGCAAACGCUUAGUCACCUGUCACAGCAGCACCAUCACCUGCCGCAACACCUCCACCAGCAGCAGGUGCUGGUGGCCCAGUCUCCUCCCUCGUCCGUACAUGGGGGGAUUCAGAAGAUGAUGAGCAAACCGCAGACAUCAGGGGCAUAUGUUCUUAAUAAGGUUCCUGUGAAACAUCGUCUUGGACAUGCCAGUGGUAACCAGAGUGAUGCAGCACACUUGUUGAAUCAGUCAGGUGGUGCUGGAGAUGAUUGCCAGAUAUUUUCAACUCCAGGCCAUCCAAAAAUGAUUUAUAGCUCAAACUUAAAGACACCUUCAAAACUUUGUUCAGGAUCAAAAUCUCAUGAUGUCCAAGAAGUUCUUAAAAAGAAACAGGAAGCAAUGAAGCUACAACAAGAUAUGAGGAAAAAGAGGCAAGAAAUGUUAGAAAAACAAAUAGAAUGCCAAAAGAUGUUAAUAUCCAAGCUAGAAAAAAACAAAAACAUGAAACCAGAAGAGAGAGCAAAUAUAAUGAAGACUUUGAAAGAGCUUGGAGAAAAGAUCUCACAAUUGAAAGAUGAGUUAAAAACAUCUUCUGCAGUCUCCACACCAUCUAAAAUAAAGACAAAAACAGAGGCCCAAAAAGAACUAUUAGAUACUGAACUGGACCUUCACAAGAGGCUAUCCUCAGGAGAAGACACAACAGAGUUACGGAAAAAACUCAAUCAGUUACAGGUUGAGGCUGCACGAUUAGGUAUUUUACCUGUGGGUCGAGGAAAGACCAUGUCCUCUCAAGGUCGAGGGAGAGGCCGAGGCCGUGGAGGGAGAGGAAGGGGUUCACUAAAUCACAUGGUGGUGGACCACCGCCCCAAAGCACUCACAGUUGGGGGCUUCAUGGAAGAGGAGAAAGAUGACUUACUUCAGCAUUUUUCACCUGCAAACCAAGGGUCGAAAUUCAAAGACCGUCGGCUACAGAUAUCAUGGCACAAGGCCAAGGUGCCUUCUGUAUCCACUGAGACUGAAGAAGAAGAAGUCAAGGAGGAGGAAACAGAAACCUCAGAUUUGUUUUUGCAUGAUGACGACGAUGAAGACGAAGAUGAAUAUGAGUCUCGUUCAUGGCGAAGAUGA